AGAGAACAUGAAGAGGAGAAAGAAGAAGAAGAAGGAGAAGAAGAAGCAGAAGUGAAGGAGGAGGAGGAGGAGGAAAAGAAGAAGAAGAAGAAGAAGAAGAAGAAAAAUAUGGAAGUUGGUUGCGAAAGAUAGAGAGAGAGAGUGAGAAAGGAGGAGAAGAAGAAGGAGAAGAAGAAGAAGAAGAAGAAGAAGAAGAAGAAGAAGAAGAAG